AUGAGUACGCAUUGGAAAAAGGAUUGCGAAGAAUCUAAAGAUCCGAGAGAACCACUGGACGGAAGCGACGUCGCCGACGCUCGGACGAGUCCGUCGUUCUGCCGCUCGACCGGGUCGGACAUCACCUGCUACUGCGAGACGGACCUGUGCAACGCCGGGAUGCCGCUCUCGCCCUCCCUGGCGCUCCUGGUCGCCGUCUUCGCGCUCCUUCGUCGCUGAGUGAAGCUGGAGAAUAAAACUCGUUUUUCCUUCUUGGCGCUGCUCGGCGUUUAUCCUCACGGUGACGCGGUUUUCCCCGCGGGCCGAUUCACGGUCCUUUAUGAAAGUUUUAUUUAAGAAAAAAUUUUGUACAAAAUAAUAAACAAUUAUAUUCACAGUCUCUUCAGUAUAAAAUACCC